ACACGGAGGCUGUGGAGUUCAAACCAUGUCUUCGCCUGGGACUGUGUCGAACGACUCUGCCAUCGUUCACCCUGCCGGCUUCUACAUCAUCGGAUUCCAGACGUUCCCCUUCGUCAGUGUCUACUUCGUCUUCCUGGCGCUCGUCUAUGUGGUCACGGUGCUCUUCAACUGCCUGCUGAUCUACGUGAUUGCCUUCAACCGUUGCCUGCACACUCCCAAGUAUCUGGCCGUGGUCAACCUCGCGGUGAUCGACGUGAUCCUCAACUCGUGCACCAUUCCCAGCAUGAUGAAGAUGUUUCUCGUGAAGGACAAUUUCAUUCCGUUCAACUUGUGCUUGGUGCAAAUGUUUUUCUACUAUGCUUUUGGGACCUUGGAGUCAUAUGCGCUUGCUAUUCUUGCCUACGACCGGCUGAUCGCAAUAUGUUUCCCCCUGCGUCAGAACUCCAUCAACACGCUGCAACACAUGUCUUGUAUUGUCGGCGUGACCUGGUCCAUUGCUCUGGGAAUCAUCACGUUUGCAACGGCUAUUAUGACUCGACUGUCUUUCUGCAGGUCCGUCACAGUCUUCAGUUAUUUCUGCGACUAUGCGCCCGUGUUUCGACUCGCCUGUAACGACUACACGAUGCAGUGGUCUGUGGCCUCUUUUCUUACAAUGUUGCUCCUUGCUGGACCAUUUGCUUUCAUUCUCCUGUCUUAUGUCAGCAUCCUGGCCACAGUGUUCAGGAUGAAGUCACUGGACAGUCGCUCGAAAGCUUUGGGCACUUGUGUUGAGCACAUCGUCCUCGUCGCUGUAUUUUACAUUCCCCUCAUUACCAUUUUCACGAUAGGCUUCUAUCUGCGACUCAUCGACGCAGACCAGCGCGUGCUGAGCCUGUCGCUGGCCUCCUGCCUCCCGCCCUGCGUCAAUCCCAUUGUGUAUUCACUGAAAACCAAACAGAUCAAAAACGUGGGCCUGGCACUGGUCAGAAAAAGCAACAUUGGCAGGGAGCAGCGUAAGAGCGAACCUCAGAGAGUCGUUCACAUGAGAGAAAAAGGGACUCCCUGAAUGUUUCUGUAGAGGGAAGAGCUGGGGGGAAAAAAAUUCAAGGAAAUCCAGAGUUUAAUACUUUAUCCUCAGCUUUCUCUAUGUUUUUAGACACUUCCACUAGUUCAGAAUAAAAUGACCCGACCGUAA